CAGGCGAGGGAGGAGGCACCCAGUUCUUUGUGACUUUGGCACAGAGCAGCAGGCUCUCAUCAUGGUACCGUUGCUACUGCUGUGCCCGGGGACUUGACAGUUAUCCAGGGACCCGAAACUGUUGACAACAGCUAUGGGCAUAAUGGAGGCUGGGUCCUAGGAGGGAAGUUCCCAGAGGACAUGCUGGUUUAGAAGCUGUGCUCUAUGAUGAAUACCUGGGGCUGGCCUGGAAACGGGCUCUUCUCCAUUGAUAGCUCUGUCACCAGCACCUGGGAGCCGAUCCAAGGGAGCAUCGCUGUUACCAAGGGGACACCCUUGGGGCAUCCCUGUCCUCCAGCUUCUGCUGCUGACAGUAUUCAGGAAGUUGUGAGGAGUGCCUCUUCCUGGGGUUAGAGAGAAGCUGGGAAUGGCCUGUUCAGCCAGCACUGGCUAGCAGUGCCUGCACCAUCCCCAACAUGGAGUAUAUCCUGUUUGUGCUUUAUUUCUCCUUCUUCCUCUGCCUAUGUGCCCUCGUGUGCCUCUACUUCUCUGGCUGCCAGGAGAUGACCUAUAGGCAUGAAGGUAUGCAGCUCGCUGGAGUGGGGAGGGUCUUGGCAGCUCCUGGCUGCCAUUGGAAGAUCCUGUAUCUCUCAGGUGAUUCUGACUGGAUGCUGGGAAGGUAAAGAAAGGAGUUGAUGAGUUGCUGGGUCUAGUGGAGGAGAGAGAGAGAAAGAGAGAGAGAGAGAAAGAGAGAGAGAGAGAAAGAGAGAGAGAGAGAGGAUUUCCUUCUAUCUGCCAAGCAUGAGCUUGUGUGUGUGU